AUGCCAGCCCANAAAGUCCUCAUCUCAGGCGCUGGAAUAGCAGGCUCGGUGACUGCAUACUUCCUCGGCCGCGCUGAUUUCUCCGUCACAGUGCUCGAACGCAAUCCCGCCUUACGUACCGCAGGCCAAGGAAUAGACAUGGAAGGCCCCGCCAUUCCGAUAAUACAAAAGAUGGGCGUGGAAGAACAGAUNCAACAAAAGACCACUAGAGAAAAAGGUGUUGCGUUUGUAGAUGAAAGCAAUACACCUUUUGCGACUUUUGACGUUGGUGACAAGGGGACUGAUAUAGGAUUUACUUCCGCCAUCGAAAUCAUGCGAGGCGAUCUCUGUAACAUCUUCUAUACAGCCGCAAUCGCGUUUUCCAACGUCAAAUUCAUAUUCGAUACCAGCAUAAGCUCUCUCCAGCAAACCGACUCUUCGGUCACCGUAACCAACUGUGCAGGAGUACAAGAAACCUACGACAUACUCAUCGCAGCCGACGGUUUCCGCUCAAAAACCCGGCAACUCAUCCUCGAGACCAGCGACUCGGAAGCCUUCAUCCAAUCUCAAAACUGUUGGGUCGCUUACUUUUCCAUCCCUCGCGAACCUCAAGAUUAUCCACGGUCGCGCGGGUAUAAUGCCGUGGGAGGACGCUUCAUCAUGAUAAGGCCAAAAGACGAUCAAGUGAGUUCUGGAUACUUGGUCGUAAGCAAAGAUGAGCCAUCCCUACGUAAAGUGCAGAGAAAGGGCAUGGCAGAGCAAAAAGCAGCAUUGGCGGGACUGUUUGCAGAUGCUGGAUGGGAAGCCAUGAGGGUGAUUGCAGGAAUGAAAGACACCGACGAUUUCUACUUGCAGGAUGUUGCAAAGAUCCAGUUGGGUGGAAGGGGAUGGUCGAAAGGGAGAUGUGCCAUGGUGGGCGACGCUGCGUAUUGCUCUUUUACAGGCACUGGAACCACGCUUGCGAUUCUGGGUGGUUAUAUGCUUGCUGGGGAAAUCUUGCAGUCCCCAGAUCAGCCAGAGGUUGCAUUCAAAGCCUAUGAGGAUAAGUUGGCUGGUUAUGUUAAGAAGGCGCAGAGUGCUCCGACAGGAGGCCCUCAAUUGUUUGUUCCACAGACGAGGCUUGGGGUUUGGAUGAUCCGGACUCUGUUCUGGCUUGUUUACUGGAGUGGCAUUACUCGUUGGAUUGGCGGAUACAAAAUGCUCAAGUUCGACUUGCCAGAGUAUCCUUUCGAUCGCAAGUUUGGAUAG